AUGGCAGAAAUUGAAAACCUUGAUGACGAUGAGUUGAUUCCUGAUGCUAUUGCCGUUCUACCGCCAGUUAACGCAAAUGAAUAUAACACUGAUGAAGAUUCCGGCGACGAAAAUGAAGUGGAUAUAAACAACCUCCCUGGAAGUCAGCUGAUGACUGAAGUUGAGUUUAUAGAUGACGAAAUUAUUGACUUGGUUGUAAAAUAUUCCAAUUUGUAUGCUAUUCAGCAUAAUCGCCAAGGUGAUAUACAUUCCAGUGAAAUAAAAUGUUUCGUUGGUGUUUUACUGCUCUCUGGAUACAACUCAUUCCCUCGACGGUCAAUGUAUUGGGAAAAUAACAGUGACGCAGGAAAUACGUUAGUCUAUUCGGCGAUUUCUCGAGAUCGCUUUAGUUUUAUAAUGCAGAAUUUGCACCUGAAUGAUAACAACAAUCUUGAAAAUACCAAUAAGUUUUCGAAACUGAGGCCUUUGUUUUCUACUCUGAAUGAGAAAUUUCAGUCAUAUACACCCCUUGAAGAGUGCCAUAGCGUGGACUGGUACCCUAUUACGGCGGUCAUUGAUCAAAACAGUUCAUCCGAGGAAAGCCAAUUCGUUGGGGUUAUAAGGUAUGGGUGGGAACAACUAAAAAGGGGGGCUAGUGUUGUACUUCAGUUUGCUGAUAUUAUUCAGUCUCAAUGUGAAAAAGCUCCUUUCCAUAUCUUUUGUGACAAUUUUUUUACGUCAUUAUGUCUGUUGGCUGAGCUGACCUCCAGGGGGCUCAAAUGUACAGGAACUCUGCGAGAAAACAGUAUUCAGUAA